AUGGAAGGUCCGAAAGUCGCUCAGGGUGACAUGACGGACCGAGCCGACCGUUGCGCGGUUGUCGAUCCUCUAGGCGGCGCCAAGCAGCAGGGCCAUCGGCUGGCGUUGUCUGCUGGCCUGCCCUCGCCACAGGGUAUUCGCAGGCAGGUCUCAGUCGAUCGUACCGGGUCAUCGGCCCACAGGAAGAGGCCCUGCAGUGCCAGUGGAGGCAAAUGCAGGAGCACAUGCUUUGACGCAGGUCAACGGACGCUGUCGAAGGCCAAGUCGAAGGCGAAGUCGAAGGCCAAGUCGAAGGCGAAGUCGAAGGCCAAGUCGAAAAGGCAAAGUGCGCAGAAGGAGAAUGGAUGA